UACGCAGUAACCCCCCCGAACAUUCUCACCCAAAAUUUAGGUUCGGUUAAGCGCCACGCGAGAAGAAUAAGAAACAUCGUUUAAUGCAUAUACACCUUCAAAGUUAAAACCGAAUACACAGAACUGCGUGGUUGUUAACUGUUCACAGAAUGCAGCUAAAAUUCAUGUUUAUUGUUGCAUCGUCUUUGAUGCUACAUAACGCCGGUUGGUCUGUCUCCGUUUGGCCACUUCCAACCACAAAUACUGAGUCUAAGCCGUUACAGAAUCCUCCAGUUGAAGAAUAACAAGAUGGUUUAUCACUACAAGAAUAACAGCAGCAACCAUCACAAUCAGAACUUCUACAAGUAUCAGCUGGCUGAUUUCCAAGCAUCUUUUGAUAAAGCACGGACGUUUGAUGCGGAAGACGAUCUCGCUUUUUGUCCUUCCCUUACUGAAGACGAGAUUCGCACUAUUUACCAGUCAACAAACGUGUCGCCGGUUAGUAGCUCGCCCUCGAUGUCUCCUUCGACACCCCAUGUAUAUUUAAAGGGAAAUCUCGGAUUGCAGUACAUGAACUAUAACUAUCAAAAGGGAUCCGGCACCCACUUCAACAACAACAACGUUACUUCUGGUGUUGUUCGUCCUCGAAAGAAUGCUGGAAUUCCCAUUGUUGAUCCUGUUACUGGCAAUCCUACCAUCGUUCCCAAUACCGUAAGCAACAAACAGCAACUCUGGUAGGUCAGAUCUCCCGGAAGAGAAUCGUACCUGCGUGCAUUGUCGGCAGUAUGAGUAUACACCCUGUUGUAUAUGUUGUGUAAUCCAUACUGCCUUCUAUUGCGAGUAGAAUAUUCGUUGGAACGACUGUUUGUGCUUUGACUGUACAUUAUCCCUUUUCACCCUUUAUUUUAUCUUUGAAGUUCUUGGUUUUUUCGUGGUUUCCUGGUCCUCCACUCCGCAUGCACACGUUUUAUGACCUUUAUGUUUUCCUACGUUCACGUCUUCUUGUUUUGUUCUUUAUUCUUAUGUUUGAGCGACAUUGAUUGCCGUCGAGCAUGCGCGUUAACACCUAUAUGAUGACAAGUUUUGCAGCUUGAGCUACUUUUGGGGUUUUGCCUUCUGUGACUUUGAGACCUGCAUCUUUUGUGCCAUAUUCCUUUUUAGCACAAAUCGGUAUUUCUAUUUCCUGUUCCUUCGGUGUUUACCACAUCUACUUUCCGUAUGGUACACUCUCUUUCUCCUUGGCCUGGUGUUGUUAUUUUUCUUCGUUCUUUCUUCUUGCAUUUGCUUUCCGCACACCAUACGUUAGACAUUUGAUUUGUUUUCGGCUUGUUCCUUGGUUCGUGAGCUUGCCGCGACAUGACUUUUUUGUAUUGACUAAUAACCGUUGGCUUGCUCUUGCUGUUUGUCCUGCGACUUCACGUAACUUGACUCUGAACAGAUUGUGUGAGAGUGCUGAGGAGAAACUUCAAGAGCAAAAGUCUCGACGGUUAUGCAAUCGUCCAUUGCUAUAAACCAUUUUUGUUUAACAAUUCUAUUAAUAUUCAAAUUCAAACACUUUUCUUUUCCGUAAUUUCGUUUUUUGGUCUUGAU